AUGUUAUCAGUAGAUAGAAAGAGAACUGAAAAGGUUGAUGUAAUCAAACCUUUGACUAAAUAUAUCAAGGAGCAAUUUAGUAAAGAAGAAGCUGCCGAUCAUGAACAACAAAUCAAUACCUUGAGUUCACUUCGUGAAGAUGUACGUAAUCUUCAAGACAAGACAGAGACUUCCAAGGAAAUGAUUUGGAAGUAUUACUCUAUUCUCCAAUCUUUAGAAAUGAGAUUCCCAAUCUCUGAAAAUAAUGUCAGAAUUCAAUUCCCUUGGACAGAUUGUUAUAAACAAAGAAAAUUUUCAUUGUAUAGUGUAUUUUUUGAAAGAAGUUCAGUAUUAUUCAACUAUGGUUCAAUUAUUAGUCAAAUUGGAGCAACUCAAAAUCGAUCGACUGUUGAAGGUAUCAAAAAGGCAUGCAAUUCAUUCCAAUCUGCAUCUGGUAUCUUUGCACACCUUAGAGAAUACAUUUCAUCGCACCCAGAAUGUUUCAAUAGUCCAGAUUUCUCUGCAGACUCACUUAGUCUAUUAUCAAAUUUGAUGAUUGCUCAAGCUCAAGAGUGUAUCUAUGAAAAGGCUGCCAUUGACAAUAUGAGUGACUCUAUUCAAUCUAAAUUGGCCAUGCAAACUGCUGAAUACUAUGAUACUGUCUACCAAUUAACAAAUUCAAAUGCUUUAAAAAGUCUUGUUGAUAGAACAUGGACAGCAAUUUCUUAUACAAAAUCAUUUAUAUUCAAAGCACUUGCAUUCUACAAAUAUGCAACUGGAUUGGAACAAGCUGCUCAAUUUGGUGAACAAGUAGCUAGACUCACCAUGGCAGUUGAAUCUAUCAACCAAGCUAAAGUUAAUAUUCCAAAAACUGCUGUUGUUGAAUUUAAGGACUUUUUAGAUAAAACUGCAAAUAUUAUUAUAAAAGCAUUUGAAUCUGCUAAAAAGGAUAAUGAUACAAUUUAUCAUGAUGUAGUUCCACAAUCACAUAAAUUAUCAGCAUUGGAAAAGAAACCAAUGGCAAAGUCAUUACCAAUUCCAGAAAUCACCUCUAGUGAUCCAUUCUCUCAUCUCGUACCAUACUCUGUAAAGGAAGAUGCUGCUUUCUACAAUGAUCAAAAAGAACAAUUAAUCAAAAAAGAAUUGGAAAAUAUUAAAUAUCAUAAUGAAUCAGCUAAAGCAACAUUAUUAUCAAUGAAUUUACCAGGAGCUAUUGAAGCAUUGGAAAUUGGAAUUCCAAAGGCAUUACAAGAAAAGAUGGAUUUGGUGAAAUCAGAAAGAGGAGUAGAGACUGUGAGUGAUCUUUUGAGAUCACUACAACAACUCUAUGAAGAGGAUCAUUCGAUUUGUCAAUCGUCGAAUAAAUUGUUGGACAAGGAGGAGGAAGAGGACAAUGGAAUGAGACAACAGUACCAGUCGGCAUGGCACCGUACUCCAUCCUACACUUUGACGGCCAAUCUCCGUCAAGACUUGGCCAAAUACACUAGCAACUUGUCGCACUCGUCAAAGAGCGACGCAUUUAUCCGCAAAAAAUUUGAGGAUGCCAAGUCGUUGAUUGCUGCACUCGAGUCACAAGACGAGGUUGUACAAUUGUUGCCAUCCAACAUUAUGCCACUCAACCAAAUCCCAGAGGUUGCCAACCUCAAGGCGUCGAUUAAAUCACUCGACAAUCUUAUGGCUGCUCGGGAACAAAUCGGUGAAAAGUUCAAGCAAUUGUCACUCAAGGACGACAUUACUGUCAAGCUUAUCAGUCCUCCAGGUCGCGACCGUCAACAAGUGUUUAAUGAGGAGAUAUUAAAGUACGAACCACUCCAAACACAACUCAAUGACAACUUCCUCAAACAAGAACCAUUGCUCGAGUCAAUCCGUCAGGAAAACGAAAAGUUUGUUCGUACCAACAGCAAACACGGUAGUCAACGUGAAGAGAUUUUACAAAGAUUUGCCAAUGCCUUCAAGACCUACAACGAACUCAAAUCCAAUCUCGGUGAAGGUAUCCAAUUCUAUACCAAUUUCCAAGAGAUUUUAUUAAAGUUUAAGAGUCGUUGUGAAGACUUUGUCAAUGAACGUCAAAAGGAAAAGAAUGAACUUGUCAGACAGAUCUCGGCUGGUGUCUCUCCCUAUGGCGGAUCUCCAUCAACCAAUGUCGAUUACAACAAACCACCAGUCCCAUCAAAUGUACAAUUAAAUUCACCCAUUUACAAACAACAACAACAACAACAGUAUCAACAACCUCCACCACCAGCCUAUACACCAUAUCAACCACAACCAUAUGGUGCUCCACCUCCAAAUUCCUAUUCAGCUCCACCAGUAUCUUUUGGUGCUCCUCCUCCAUCUUUUUCAGCUCCACCAGCUUCUUUUGGUGCUCCUCCACCUUAUACUUAUAAUCAGAAUCAACAACAAAAUAAUAACAAUGGUAGACAAUAUUAA